AUGGGAAAGAAAAAGAAAAAAGACGAAGUACCCGAUAAGGUUGUUGUUGUCGAAUACAAAGUGUCAAUGUAUUGUAAUGCAUGUGAAAGAACCGUUGCCAAAGCCAUCUCCAAAUGUAAAGGGGUGGAGAAAUUUACGACAGACAUGAAGAAAAACAGGGUUGUGGUGACAGGUCGGAUUGAUCCACAAAAGAUUUUGAAGAAAUUAAAGAAGAAAACAGGGAAGAAAGUAGAGAUUAUAGUUAAGAAGGAAGAUGCAUCAAAAGAAUCUAAUGAGGGGGUUUCAAAACUUGAUUCUAACCCACCAAUUUUGUUUGAUUGUUGCAAAGAUGACGAAUGGUUAAUGAUGUUUAGCGAUGAGAACCCAAAUGCAUGUUCCAUCAUGUAG